CCAGAUUUCAGGGACAGAGAAAGGAGUGAAGGCACACUGAAGAGCUUCUGAGAAGAGAAACUUUAUCAACAGAGGACGAUGAGGACGCUGCUGUUGCUGUGUCUGUGUGUGUCCGCCGCCUGGGCUCAGGCUAAUGACUAUGAUGACUAUGACUCGGACCCCAAGGCAGCAAAGACUGGAACAGACGCACCGGCGACCAUAGGCGCUCGCGGCCACCGUCCACUAGCCGCGUCCAGGGACACCUACACCCCAAAACGUGUUUCCCCGCCCCCUAUCAGCGGCGGCGCCAGGUAUCGCGGCCGCCCUACACCAGCUCCAGCCAGAGGACAGCAGCAGCAGGAGAAGGAGAGACCGCGGGAGGAAGGAGGAUGCACACACGCCGCAGAGGAGAUGGGCAUUUUGUGUCCCAAUGGCUGUGAGCUGAAGACCACACUGCUGAAGCAAGAGAGGAAUGUCAAGACGAGCAUUAAUGAACUCAAGCCUCAGGUGGAAGAUUUGGCCCGAUCCUCCAACACUGUCCACACCUACGUCAACAGCAUUUCCAACUCUCUGAGGGAGCGGCAGAGACUUGGCACCGACAACAGCAGGGUGGUCAGUCAGUACACUGAUCAAGUGGAGGAACAACACGUCUACAUUAAGGAGACGGUGGACACUGUCUUUCCCUCCAACAUCAGGGUGCUACAGGGGGUCCUCGACAAGAUCAGGCUGAAGAUCCAGAAGCUUGAGAAGGCCAUCCAGGGUCAGAGGGAGGAGUGCAAGGAACCGUGCAGGACCAAAUGUCCCAUACCGGUGGUGUCUGGUAAGGAGUGUGAGGAGAUCUUCCGUCGUGGAGGAAGAGACUCCCAGAUGUACCUGAUCCAGCCUGAUGCCUUCUACCCUCCGUACAAGGUCUUCUGUGAUCAGACCACCCAGAACGGAGGAUGGCUUCUCGUCCAGAACAGGCUUGAUGGCAGUGUCGAUUUUGGACGACGCUGGGACGAAUAUCGACGUGGUUUCGGCAACAUCGCCUUUGAUGUUGGCAAGGGUCAAUGUGAGACUCCCGGUGAAUACUGGCUGGGCAAUGACCGCAUUAGUCAGAUGACAAAGAUGGGCCCUACUGAGGUUCUCAUUGAGAUGGAGGACUGGACAGGUGCCAAGGUCCACGCCAAGUACCGGCAGUUCACCAUCCAAUCAGAGACGUCUAACUACGUGCUGGCGGUCGAAGGUUACUCUGGGAACGCCGGCAACGGUUUCCUGGAGGGAUCCUCAGAACUGUUUGGUGUAAACCGCACGAUGACCAUUCACAACGGCAUGAUGUUCAGCACCUACGACAGAGACAACGACAACUGGAUCCCCGGCGAUCCCUCCAAACAGUGCGCCAGGGAGGACGGAGGCGGAUGGUGGUACAACCGCUGCCACACAGCCAAUCCCAACGGUCGAUACUACAUAGGCGGAGCAUACACGCGCAAGAUGGCCAAGCACGGCACAGACGACGGCGUGGUGUGGAUGAACUGGAAGGGCAGCUGGUAUUCACUGAAGGCCAUCAGCAUGAAGAUCAGGCCGUUCUUCGCGCCCAGCUAAAGAUCCCGGAGAGCAUCAACACACACAUUACACAGGAAACCGCCAAAAUAAAAGACACCAACGUAAUGUGUACCAACAAGGUUUGGGGACAAACGGAGGUUUCAAACUCUUUGUAACAUCCACCUAAUAUUUAAGUGUGUCCUUUAUUUUAGCUGUAACCUUUAUGUUGACGGACACGCACAUUCACACACAACUAACACUUUGGACGUGUGCUGUUGAAGUGAAAAAGAACGUAAGAAGAUAAUAUCUGCACAUGCAGCAUUGACCUAAAGAAUAAAGUGAAAUAAGAAAUGGUUUGAUGUCAAAUAAACUUGUCAUGCAGAUAAAAGAGAAACAUUGUACUGGUUGUGCGUGAAUGUGUUGUAAAAUGUCCUCUCUUGUAAUGUGUGAUGUCUUCAGUGUUGCACUUCUAGGACGAAUUGAUGUCCUACAUUACUCAAUAAACACAUUGAGGAACCUA